AGCUUUAAAUUCUUCAUUUCCUUUGUGCUCUGAUUAAAUUUAAUCAACUAGCUUGUUUUCUUGAAAAGUAACAGUUCUUUGAUUCAAAACAUUAGUGAAUUUUUUCUAUCAUCACUUUUUUCAGUAAACAAAUGGCAAUACAUUUACGCUGGAAAAAUUUCUUAGUCACCAGAUACAAAAGGAUUUUUAAAGCAAAUCAUCAAAUUAGUUUAUGGUUUGCUUAAGUUCAAACUGGAUUGUUUUCAGUUAGUCUACACUUUUUCCACCUUGUGUACAUAUUGAUUGUCGGUAGGGGAAUCCCCAAACAUAACAAACAGGUAUGGUUCAACACAAAACACAACUUUCGUUUUCUGUUCAGAAAUGAAUGAAAAUAUUGAUUGCGUUUGGUGUAUUGUUUAGGGCGAUUUCCAAUGUGCAGAUUCAACCUUAUAAUUUAGUCAUGAGCCAAAAUGUUUUCCAAGAAUUUCUUAUGGGGAUUCCGUGAAUAUUUAUGUUUUCUAAGAAUGUUUUCUUGUCUUCAGUCUUUCACGAUUCCACUCAAUUCUUUCAUUCUUUCGAAAUUUGUUAUUGUUUAUGAACGCGACACAGUUGAUAAGGCAGAAAUAUAGCUUGCAGGGUAAAUCUAUAGUAAAUGUGCAAUUUGAGGAAAUUUUUAAAUCUCGAUUAUGAUGUUGAGGUUUCGUCCUUUGUGUCUUUGUUUUGUGUUGAUGAUGUCAAUUGGUUUUAUCUUGUGCAUUUCUCUAAAAAACCUGCAUUUGAUUAGUAAUUUCAGGCUUAUAAACACUGCAACAAUAGCUUGAAAAAUUUGAAGAAGUUAGUUAAAAAUAUGAUUAAACGGCUUAUAUUCAGCGAGUACAUAAAUUUUCAAAUCCCUUUAUAUUAGUCUUUUAUUACUAAGAAACCCUCCUGGAUUCUCAGAAGCAGCUUGCAAUGUUGUAUAUAAGGCGGUGUAUGUAUAUCUACUUUAGUCAGUACUGUGUAGGUAACUUCAAUGAGUUCACUAAGCAUAAAUUGUUGGUUUAAGAAAUUAGAUUUCACGAUGAUUAAGGAUGCUAAAAACGAGAAGUCUGCGGAGAAUAAACCGAUGAGCGUGCAAUCGCCGAUGAUGGAGAUAGAAACACCAGAAAGCCCAUCAAUUUUAGAUAUUGGCCGAUUCAUUGACGAUCUCAAGUCUGCGGCGCAGAAAACUGACAUGGAUUUGAAAAACUAUAAACAGCAACAGGAAGAUUUUGUCAUUCGAUACCAGGAGAUAUGCAAAGUUGACGUGGAAAUCAGCAAGGCCACAGAGCGCCGUGAUACUAAAGACCAGAUGAUUAUACUGCAAAAGAGGAAAGCUGAUAUUGAAAACAUGUUGAAAGAAAAAGCCCUUGAAAUCCUCAAUGACCGUGAGGCGAUUUUUAUACAGCUGGAAAGUCUUAGUUUGAAGAUAGAACAGGUUUCCCAAAAGGUUUACCAAGAAUUGUUUUUGUGGCGUAUGAAUCAGCAAAAGUCACUCAGUGGAGGAGACAAGCCAGACCCACUUGACGAAUUGCAAAACUGGUUUGAAGCCUUAACAGACACAUUGUGGUCCAUGUACCAACUGUGCACGCAGUUCAAGUUACUUUUUGAUGCUCUGCCAAUUAUAAGGAAUGGCGAUGAAAGGGAUAAAACCGAAAGGGUCUUAGCAGACGCAGUAUCAAGCCUCACAAAGCUAAUCCAGAGGUCAUUUAUUGUUGACAAGCAGCCACCACAGGUUCUGAAAACCCAGACAAAAUUUCAAGCGUCUGUUAGAUUGCUGGUUGGUACCAAGCUCAACUUGCAGCUUAACUGCCCAGAAGUUGUUACAACCAUUUUAAGUGAGAAGCAAGCCAAAGAGCUAUGCCAUGGAAAGACGAUAGAAGAUACUGGUAGCUGUGGUGAAAUUCUGAACAACAGAAGCGUAAUGGAGUACGACCAGCAAUUGAAUGCGCUACAUGCAGACUUUAAAAAUUUGUCCUUGAAGAAAAUAAAGCGUCAGGACAGAAAAGGACAAGAGUCUGUGCUAGAAGCGAAAAGCUGUUUGGUGUUCUCUGCAGCGAUAACAAUUGGAGGAGAAAAGCUUCCAGUUAUGUGUAUGUCUGUACCAGUUGUGGUUGUUGUGCAUGGCAACCAAGGCCCAAAUUCUGAAGCAACGAUAUUUUGGGACAACUUUUUUUCAAACCCGGACCGAGAACCUUUCGAGGUGCCAGAGGAAGUCGACUGGGAUGAAAUGUCCUUCGCUCUUAAUGCAAGAUGGGCAAUGACGACAGAGUGUGACUUGAAAGAAGAGCAUUUGGAAUAUCUAGGCUCGAAAUUGUUUCAAAAUUGUGAGAAAUCCCAAAGCAGCCGUAAGAAGGUAUCUUGGCAUGCAUUUAAUAAGGAGCCAUUGAAGGGUCGCAAUUUUACUUUCUGGGAAUGGUUUCAUUCAGGAAUGGAGGUGGUGAAAAGGCAUCUUAAAGAUCAUUGGAAAGAGGGAUAUCUGGAGUUCAUGUCAAGAGAAGAGGCUCGCAAGAAACUGAAUGAUAUGUGUGUUGGGACGUUUAUAAUAAGAUUCAGUGACGGAGAAGUUGGAGGGGUCAGCAUUGCUUGGGUUAUUGAGAAAGAAGGGGGAGGCGCUGAUAUAUGGAAUGUGCAGCCGUGGACUACGAAGGAUUUCAACAUCAGAUCUCUUGCAGACAGGAUCUUUGAUUUGGAUCUGUUGAAAUACGUCUAUCCUGGUGUUGAGAAGGAGCAUGCGUUUGGAAAAUUCAGAUCACAAGACUACUACCCGCGUGAACCUGGCCCAGAUGGAUAUGUCAUGGCCAGCAUUAUGGCGAGAAUCAAUUGCAAUCAGCAGCAGCAGCAUCCGGCAGCGUCAAGAAUGGACUCGCUUCCCUCCCCUCCUUCUCGUGAAAUGCUCGAGUCGCAACUGAUAAACAGGUUCAACCCCAUGAUGAAUUUAUCUGGGGACAGCGAUGCCAUGUUCCAGAAUGCCGAUAUUUAUGACGAACCAGCUGUUCAACAUUUCAUUGAAGAUAUUUUGGCUAACGGUGAUGGCAAUUCGCCUAGUGUGGAAGAUUUUAUCCGCAACUUGGAACUGGAGUAAUCCCAAUCAACACGAUGGAAACCAUUCUAUUAAAUAUUAGAAAAAGUUCGAUUUGGGAAUUGUAUCUCAUAAAAUUAUAAGCUGAUGGUAGAUAAAGAUAUAAUAAUUAUUAACUUUUUCUUUGUCGUUUGAGACGCAAAACACAAUUUGGAAUUUCAUUAAGGAAUUUCAUGGUUUCAUAAACCAAAGUAUUUCUAAUAUGCCAUCUGAUAACUUUAGGAAACCUUACCUGAUUUCCUCCUGCGAAAAAAGAAUUGUGCCUUGCGACUAAAAAUGAAAGGCUUUGAUUAUUGAAAUGUUUUCGUAUCAAAUAUCUGUGGUACAGAGUUGCAAAACUUGGUUGAAUUACAUUAUAGGAGAAAAACAGAAGGAAAACUCCGAUCAUUAGAAUUUGCCGCUUUGUGCUACCCCAUGCUCAAAUGUUUUCAAUCUUACCCAGUUUGUCUUCCUUGAGGAAGAUCAUUGCAGGCAAAUUUGUGGUGCUAACGCCUUCCCACACAGUCAGUCAAAUACUGUUUGGCACAAUGAAACUUGAGGAAGGUACGGUCAAAUCGGUUUUAUAGCCUGUCGCCCUUUCCCGAAAACGAGGCUAGCCAAUGAACAUUAUUCUCCUCACGUCUAACAAACAACAAAGAUACCGCUGAGAGAUCCCCCACAGAGAUAUGAUUUCGUUUCUGCCCUUCCACAUUAAAUAUCACGUGAUUUAGGUACCUGAAUUUGAUAUUCGUUAUAAACUUUGUUUUGAUUUCAUACAAACGUUAAGUUGCUUCAGACAGCAAACGUGUUUAAUUUUUAGAAAGGUAAUUAAUAGCCUCUGUCUUGUAGUUUUGUAUAGUUUAGUUGGUUUGAAAGAGAGACUGUUUUUCGUCAUAAAACAGGGAAUCUUUCCUGAAAUAUCUGAGGCAUGGCCAGACUGUGUCCAUUGAAAUAAGUUUAAAGUUAUGCUUUGACUUGAUAUGUAUUGAAGAAGAUGAGCUUGUCUCUCUUAAAAAUGAGAAUAGUGCAUCUAUGGAUUUAUAGUUUUUAUUUUUAUCACUGCACUUGUAACUCGUUUCCGGUAUUAUCAAAACCCGAAUUUUUUUUUAAUUUUUUUGUUUUCAUUUCUGGAAUAAAAAGUUGUAGAUAAAGCUGCCAUAAAGCUGUGUAUGAAAGUUUUUGAUUUCUUAUCAGAAUGA